AUGCCAAAAAAACAAGCUUCUCCUUUGCCACGAUCAGAAUGCCUGUGUGCCAUUUGUCGGGAGAUCUUAUUGGAGCCGGUGACGCUCCCAUGCAGUCAUACUUUGUGCCAUCCCUGUUUCCAGAAGACUGUGGAGAAAGCUAGCCUGUGCUGCCCUUUUUGUAGGCUGCGAGUUUCCUCCUGGGCUCGUCACAGUGCCCGCUCAGGAACACUAAUCAACAAGGAACUUUGGGAGAUCAUCCAGCGUCAGUAUCCAGAGGAGUGCAAACGCCGUACUUCUGGACUAGACACUGAAGAAGAUGAAUUUGAAGAUGACUUCACACCUCAUCCAGCUCGACAACUGUGCAAUCCAGGGGAAAUCAGAAAAGAAUAUGAAGCUGAAAUAAGUAAGAUUGAAGCUGAGCGGCUCAGGAGAGAAGAGGAAGAAAGUAAGGCAAGUGAGGAUUAUAUUCAUAAGCUUUUGGCAGAGGAGGAAGCGGAGCAGCGAUUGUCUCUAGAACACACACAAAGGGAGCUGGAACAGCAGAUGAAAAAAGAUGAGGAGCUCGCCUGGAUGCUCAGCAGUGAUCUGAAUGAGUCCACAGCAUCAUCUGUUCAAAUAUCUCCACUGGAGUCACCUAUAGUCAUCAAGAAGGCAGUCGCUGUAAAGUCUUGUAAACAUAUGAAAAGCAACAGGACACAGUUUGGAGACAUUCAGAGGUUUCUGUCACCUAUAUCAGUGAAGAUUGUUGAUACUGACAGGUCUAGUCAUAUCCAAAAUGGGGAACUUCAGAAUAUGAUUACUGGUGCUGAAAAUGUUUUGGCCUUGCUGGAGGAAUCGGUGGAUGAUGACGACGCAAUGCCCAUACUCUCCUCUCAAUCAUCUUUCACUCCUAACCCUAGUCCUAUAGAAAUAUCAGAUUCAGAGAUUCGACUACCUGGUCUGACUAAAUACUCUCCUACUAGAAAUGCAUUGCAGACAGAAUGGUCACCCACAAUCAAAGAUUUAGGGCAAACGGUAAGAAAUGAAGCUCACUUAAUGACUACUACAGAGCUAUCCCCUCCUAGGUGUUCCAGCUCUAUAGAUAGUAGUAGGAAAUGGCAAAAUCCACAAAAUCUUGAUAUAGCUAAUAUGCCUGCGCAUUGGAAUAAACGUUCACCUAAAAGAACUCUUGAUUUCUUUGGAGACACAAAGGAUGAGCCAAGUGAAAAGAGGCCUUGUCUGGAGGACAGCACAGCACCUGGAUAUCACACAGAAAAGCUAAUGGAACUGGAAGAGACUCUCCAUGAGAGGAAACUGCAGGAAGAACAAGACCGGCUUCUGGCUCUAAAACUACAGAGGCUCUUGGACAAUGAGGUGAAACAAGUCAGCAGACAGAAGGGUUCCACAGGUGAGUACAAGUUACGGCCAAAAAGAACCCCUCCACAGCAGGAGCCUUUGGAAUCUACAUCACUGAGAAGGACUGCUUCAAAGUGCUGUAUGGAUCAAAGCAGUUCUACGAGCUCAGAAAGUGGAGAAUCUUCUGAUGAAAAUAAAAAACCUGCCCCAAAGAAACAAGCACAAUCCUUGCCACUUAGAAAUGGGCAAAGAAAAACUUCUGAACAGCCCUCAUCGCCUAAUGGGGUAAAAAUCCUGAAACCAAGUAACAAGCAGCAAACCAUACUGGACAUGUUUCAAAGCGCUACAAGAAAAUAG